UAUUUUGGAAGACGAAAAGAGUGUGUGCCUGCGUCUCCUCGGAAAGGAGGCUAGAAUCAGGCACAACAGCACGAGCAGUAGCCGGCAAGGCGACGGCGAGCGCAAGGCCAUGAGAGAAUGCAAGGCGGACGGCACCCCCACUCUCACCCCCACCACCUCCAUCAGCAGCUAGCCGCGCUCGUCUCCGCCGCUCUCCCCUCGCAGAAGCCCAACACAACCACCACCACCACCACCGCCACCGCCGCCAACCCGUCCUCCUCCUCGGCCUCCUCCGCCGAAGCAUCGCCGGCAGAGAGGAAGAACAAGUUCGGCGGCGGCGGCAGAGACGACGAUGCGGAACGAGCGGCCGCCCUCGACUCCCUCCACCGCGCCAUCAUCUACCCUCCCAACUCCUUCCUCCUCCCCCACUCCGCCCCUUUCCUCUCGCAGGCCCUCUCCCAGCUCCUCUCCGACAAGUCGUCUGCCGUGCGGCGCGCCGCCGCCAUCGCCUACGGAUCCCUGUGCGCCGUCCUGCUGAACUCCGCCCCGCACUCGCCGCCCGGGGGCCUGCCGGACCGGUUCCUGUCCUGGGCUCUCCCCCUUCUCAGGGAUGCGAAUGCGGACGCCUCCUCCGUCGAGUCGGCCUUGGAAGGCCUUACGGUGCUUCUGGACGUCGCAGACGCUGGCCCCGCCGAGCGCCUCGUCCCGCCCGCCCUCAAAGCUUGCCAGGAGCUUCUCGAAGACGACAGAACCUCCCUCAGCUUGCUCCGCCGCCUUCUCGGCCUGCUCACUUUGAUGGCCGUAAAGUUUGGGAGCUGCUUCCGGCCGCACUUUGUCGACACCGUCGACUUGCUCCUCGGGUGGGCCUUCGUUCCCAACCUGUCCGAAUCUGAUCGGCGUGUGAUAAUGGAUAGCUUCACGCAGUUCCGCCAGCACUGGUUCGGCAAUUUGCAAUUCUCUGUCGGGCUGCUUGCCAAGUUCUUGGGGGAUAUGGAUGUUCUGAUUCACGACGCCGGUCUGGAGGCCGGCAGGAGCUUGGACCGGUCGCUUGCUCUGUUCUCUUGCUUCUUCACGGUUCUGCAGGUCACGGCCUCUGCCGCGCUCGAAAUGAACAUGAUCGAACGGAUGGCAGUCCCGCUUUUGGAUAUGGCUCCUCGGCUCCUGGGGUGCAUUUCGAUGUUUGGCGCUAAGUUUGGGUGGUUGAAAUGGGCAGCAGAUUCGCAAAGAUGCUUGCUUCUUUUGGCGGAGAUACUGGGGGAGAAGUUUGCCGAGUUCUAUGAGCUGGCCUCUGAUACGCUGUUCCAGAGCUUGAGAGGAUCUACAUCGUCGAUUCAGGUGCAAGCAGCGCUCAAAACCAAUCUGCAGCUGCUGUCUCUACAGAAUAUGGGACUCCUCCCUUCCUCCGUCCGAACCUUACUGCAAUUCCAUUCCCCUCUGUCUCAGCUGCGCUUACAUCCAAAUCACCUUGUUGUUGCUAACUCAGCUGCCACCUACCUUUUCUUUCUAAAGCAUGGCUCCGAGGAUGUGGUCGCUCAAGCGAUCGCGUCUUUGUUCAAAGAAUUGGAGUCGUUAAAAGCUAUGCUCGGAAAACUUCAUUUAUUUUGCAGUGGCCGAGGUGCCCUUUCAUUAGAUGUCACUAGAGAUGAUGAUCAGCUAAAGUCAGAUGUAGGUCCUGGUACUGUGUACUCCGAAAGUGAGUUGCUUUCCUUGACGAGAUUUGAUUUACAGGUGCUUCUAGCUCCUGUUUCCUUCGACGCUGCUAAAAAUUUGCUAGAAAAGAAUGUUCUCGAUACUCUCAGAUAUGAGAGAGCUACUAGAGUGGCAUCCGCUAUCCUAGAGAAGCUCAACCCAUUUGAGGCUCCUUUUCAUGAUUUCCCGGAGCUGCAAUUCCAUAUUUUCAGGACAUUACACAAACUGAGCGAGGUUGAACUAUUAAGCCAGUGUGCACUUUCCAAAACUUCUAGUGAGAGAGUUCGCACAGCUGUAGAUGGUCAAAGUCGAGAUAGCCAUGAAAGUAAGAAUCUUAUGUAUAAUAUCAUAGUAAAGUAUACAACAAAGUAUGGUGUAUUCAUUGUAAGGGCGCUUAAAGUUUCUUCGCCGCUGACAGUGAAACUAGAAGCUCUUGACUGGAUCCGAACUUUUAGCUCAGUGGUGUUAAGGAUGGAGAAGAGUCCAGAUGUAUCAACUAAUUUUCGUGAUACUCAUGGAGAUUGCAUUGUUGACAGUGAUAUACUCAAUUCAGUAUUGGAUUCAGCGUACGACAGGGAGUCUAAAGUAAGAUCUCAUGUUGCAUCUUCUUUGGAAGUUCUUUUCCAGGCUAAGCUUAUUAAUCCUGGAAGCUACUCCUCCAUCUCACAAGUGGCGCUUGACAAAAUUGGCGAUCCAGAUAAGUCUGUAAGAGAUGCAUUUGUUAGGGUGAUGUCUGUCAUUUUGCCUGUUACAGUCUAUUCUUGUGGUUUGCUUGAGUAUGGAGUUAAUAUUUCCAAGCUUGUAACUAGUAAGACAGCAAACAAGUGCUACAUGGAUUGGCGGCAUGUGCUCGCUGUAGAGAAACUUCAAAGAGAACUACACUCUCAUCAACUUGUUUCCAUUUUGAGUUACAUUUCUCAUAGAUGGAAGGUGCCUUUAUCUUCUUGGGUACAACGACUAGUCUUUAGCUCCCAUAGCAAAAGAGAUCCAUUUUCUAGUCAACAUGAAUUAGUUGGUGAUGUUGGCACAAACAAUCUACCAACGGACGUGAAAUUGGAGGACGAAGUGCUAGACAAAAUAUGCCCGGUGAACAAUCUAGCUGCAGUCUGGUGGUGCAUACAUGAAGCUGCUAGAUAUUGCAUUAAUCUUCGGCUUCGAACUAAUCUUGGCGGUCCCACCCAGACUUUUGCUGCUUUGGAGCGCAUGUUAAUUGACAUACCAAAUGUGCUAACCCUGGAUGUCAAGCAGGGUGACAGCAUGUACAUGUGGUCAUCUGACAUGCACUUGCUUCCGAUGCGUCUGCUGCUGGAAUUUGUUGAGGCCUUGAAGAAAAAUGUCUAUAAUGCCUAUGAAGGUUCCUUUGUUUUACCAAGUCCGGCCAAGCAGAGCUCCUUGUUCUUUCGAGCUAACAAAAAGGUUUGCGAGGAGUGGUUUUCUAGAAUGUCUGAACCGAUGCUCAAUGCUGGGUUGGCUUUGAAGUGUGAUGAUGCUAUCCUUCAUUAUUGCGUAUUAAGACUUCUGGAUCUUAAAAAUCAGUUGGGAUCAUCUUCCAAGGAUAAAAGAGUCACCUUAGAAGAUGUCUUGAAGGUCUUGCGACAUGCCUCCCUGGCCUUGUGUAGAUGUCACGAGUCGGAUGCUUUAGUUGGGCUCCAGAAGUGGGCCACAAUUACGUUCUCUUCAAUCAUUGCGGAAGACGGCCUAUUCAGCCCAGUUGUAGCCGGCAGCCUUGCGAAUUUUUCAUGGAUUACAGGGCUUGUCUAUCAAGCGAGGGGCCAGUAUGAAAAGGCAGCUGCACACUAUUCUCAUCUACUGCAAUCUGAGGAAGCACUUGUUUCCAUGGGAUCAGAUGGCAUCCAAUUCAUCAUAGCGCGUGUUAUAGAGUGCUACACGUCACUCUCAGAUUGGAACUGCUUAGAAAGCUGGCUCGCAGAAUUGCAGAAACUUCGUGCUACACAUGCUGGGAAAGCUUAUUCUGGUGCUCUAACUGCGGCAGGUACUGAACUUAAUGCUAUUCAUGCCUUAGCACGCUUUGACUAUGGUGAUUUUCAUGCGGCUUGGGGUUAUCUUGAUUUGACGCCUAAAAGCAGCUCUGAAUUAACUCUUGAUCCGAAGGUAGCACUAGAGAGGAGUGAGCAAAUGCUUCUACGAUCAAUGCUCCAAGGUGAAGGGAGCAUUGAGGAGCUAGACAAGGCGAAGUUGAUUCUGGAUGAAGCAUUAUCUGUCGCCCCUCUUGAUGGUUUGAUUGAUGCGGCUGCUUAUGCUGUCCAGCUUCAUUGUAUCUUUGCUUUUGAAGAGGGUACCAGAUGUUAUGACCAGCAGGAAGCUAAUCAAUCUGCGUUGUUCUCGAAUUCUUUAUGUUAUCAACUAUUGCACUUGCCAAUUAAUAGAAUUCAACAAGAUUGUAGUUUGUGGAUGAAGGUUUUUAGAGUUUAUCGUACUGUAAAUCCGUCUUCUUUAGAAACCCUGUUUCUCUGCCGAAGGAUCCUUACUUUAGCUCGGAAACAGAGCAAUUUCAUGUUGGCUAACCGUAUGAUCCAUUACCUUAUGAACCAUCCUUUGACAUGCUCUCAAGAGAUGUACAAAGAGUUGCUUGAUUUGAACACGCAGUAUGAGAGUAUCCUACUAAAGCAUGCGGAAGGAAAAGAUGAGGAGGCUCUAACCGAUCUCUGGACAUUUGUCAGUCCCAAUUUGCUGUCUGCAACAACAAAGGCUUCUGGUGCUGGCGCUCUUUUAAAAGCUAAGGCAUGUUUGAAACUCUCCACUUGGUUAGGGCAAAUGAGUUCAAAUAUGAAUUCGAGUAACAUCCUUUCGAAGAUAUGUGAAGAUUAUAGUGCAGAUGUACGUGACAGUAUUUCACAUGCGACAAGCAAGCCAUUGUCUAGCGACGGUGGCUUAGUCUCUAAUUUCAAAUAUAAUGCAACUCUUCAAGAAAUAGUCGGUACAGCUAUAAAUGCAUCUUGCGUUCUUUGUCCCACUAUGGGCAAGUCAUGGCUUGCUUAUGCGUCCUGGUGCUUUAGUCAAGCCAAAAGCUUUCUCUCCUUGCCUCCUUCAUCCACUAUAUCUCCUACUCUUCAAGCAGAAAUUACGUCAGAAAGCUAUCGCUUGACAAAGGACGAGUUGUCUAAAGUGGAGAGCAUACUAAAAAAGAUCUACUAUGGUGAUAAACAUGCACAAUCUGUUGGUGAUGUAGGCGCAACAAGCUUUGAGUCCAAUAUUAGUCCUGAACGUGAGAUCCUAGUCAACUCUUUGGUUGAGCAAGCAGCUCAUCUAAUAGAAGCUGCCGCUGGAGCACCUGGAUUCGAAUCCUAUGAAGUUGGAGGCCCCUCUGCAGCUCUUUCUUCUCAACUGCUGGUUCUUCUUUGUACAAAUGGUGCUUUAGAGAAGGACAUCGUCUUGCCUUUGGUUGAUGAGCUUAUUGGAAUUUGGUGGUCGCUGAGGCGUAGGAGGGUUUUACUGUUUGGAAAUGCUGCACAUGGUUACUUUCAGUAUCUUUCUCAUUCGUCCUCCAAGCUUCAGGCUAGCCCUUCUUGUGACUCUAUGGAAGGAAAAACUAGAAGCUGCACUCUUAGGGCUGUGCUGCAUGUCCUGCAUAUCAUUCUGAACUACGGAGUUGAGUUAAAGGAAACACUCGAAUUUGGUCUUUCAACGGUUCCGUUAUUGCCCUGGCAGGAGAUCAUACCGCAACUUUUUGCUCGCCUAGGCUCGCACCCCGAGAAAGAAGUCAGAAAACUAUUAGAAGGAAUAUUGAUGAUGUUAGGCAAGCUAUCCCCUUGUUCAAUAGUGUAUCCUACACUAGUUGAUUUGAAUGCUUAUGAAGGGAAACCCUCCGAGGAGCUUCAGCGCAUAUUGGAUCAUUUGGUUAAGCUUUACCCAAAAUUAAUUCAAGACGUUAAGCUUGCGAUUGAGGAGCUGGGGAUGAUAACUGUUCUUUGGGAGGAACAGUGGCUCAGCACUCUUCAGGAUCUUCAUUCAGAUGUCAUCAGACGCUUAAAUGUGCUGAAAGAGGAAACUGCUAGAGUUGCUGCAAAUCCAACUCUCACUCUCGCAGAAAAAAAUAAGAUAAAUGCAGCGAAGUACUCUGCUAUGAUGGCUCCAAUAAUUGUUGCAUUAGAGCGUCGCAUGGCUUCUACUUCUCGUGAACCAAGAACCUCUCACGAGACAUGGUUCCAUAAGGAGUAUACUGAGCAGCUCAAAUCAGCCAUCUUGGGCCUCAAAACUCCCCCUGCUUCUGCUACCACACUAGCAUUUGUCUGGCGGCCAUUUGAGGCCAUUGCAGCAUCCUUGUAUACUCAUCAACGCAAAUCAUUCAUAUCUUUGAGCGAAGUGGCCCCGCAGUUGGCACGGCUUGCGACCUCUGACAUUCCAAUGCCUGGUCUUGAGAAGCAAGUUUCAAAGAUUGUCACAAUAUCAUCCUUCUGUGACCAGAUGACUAUCCUAUCGACAAAGACAAAACCUAAGAAGCUUGUUUUGAUGGGAUCAGAUGGUCAGAAGUAUACUUAUCUUCUUAAAGGUCGGGAGGAUCUGCGUCUUGAUGCUCGUAUCAUGCAGCUUCUGGAAGCAGUAAAUAGCUUUUUGUAUUCAUCUGGUGAUGCCUAUAGUCGGUCUCUUUCGAUCCGGUAUUACUCUGUUACUCCAAUCAGUGGCAGAGCAGGACUGAUCCAGUGGGUAAAUAAUGCAACCAGUAUAUACAGUGUCUACAAGUCAUGGCAGAAACGAAUGCAGCUGGCUCAACUCUCUGCAAUUGGAGCUAUAAAUCUGAACAAUCCGCUGCCACCUGUUCCACGCCCUAGUGAUAUGUUCUAUGGGAAAAUAAUACCGGCCUUGAAAGAAAAAGGCAUAAAAAGAGUGAUUUCUCGGAGGGAUUGGCCUCUCGAGGUCAAAAGGAAGGUUCUUUUAGAGCUUAUGAAAGAGACCCCAAAACAACUCCUUUGGCAGGAGAUGUGGUGUGCCAGUGAAGGAUUCAAGUCUUUUAACUUAAAAACAAAGAGGUUCUCUGGUAGUGUAGCAGCCAUGAGCAUGAUGGGCCACAUUUUGGGCCUAGGUGAUAGACAUUUAGAUAAUAUACUCAUGGACUUUUUCAGUGGUGAAGUUGUCCACAUAGAUUACAACAUAUGUUUUGAUAAAGGGAAGAAACUAAAGAUUCCUGAAAUUGUCCCUUUCCGUCUUACUCAAACUAUCGAAGCUGCGUUAGGAUUGACAGGAAUAGAAGGCACUUUUAGGGCUAACUGCGAGACAGUUAUGACUGUUCUUAAGAAGAACAAAGAUAUUAUCUUGAUGUUGUUGGAGGUGUUUGUGUGGGACCCUCUGAUUGAGUGGACACGUGGAAAUAACCAGGAUGAAGCUGCAAUAGCUGGUGAAGAAAAGAAAGGGAUGGAGUUGGCUGUUAGCUUGAGCUUGUUCUCCUCCAGAGUUCAGGAAAUCCGAGUUCCUUUACAGGAGCAUCAUGAUCUCUUAUUGUCUACCCUACCAGCUGCAGAAUCUGCCUUGAAGGGAUUCUUAGAUGUGCUAAAUCAGUACGAGAUCAUAUCUGCGAUCUUUUAUCAUGCUGACAAAGAGAGAUCAAGCCUUAUGCAGCUUGAGACAUCAGCGAAAUCUAUUGUAGCUGAAGCUACUUCACUUGCGGAAAAAUGCCGGGCAUCAUGUGAACUCCAUACUCAUGGCUUGGCACAGGCAAAAGCUGUGGCGGCUGAGGAAGUCCAAGAAUUAGCUCUGUGGGUGGACCAGCAUGCUAGGGUCCUUGAUGCUUUACGUGAUGGCGCACUUCCAGGUGCACAAAAACAACUGAGUAGCUCAGAAGAAGCCUUGUCUCUUACUUCUGCUGUUUUAGUAUCAGGAGUCCCUUUAACAAUUGUGCCGGAGCCAACACAAGUGCAGUGCUAUGAUAUGGAUAAGGAAAUCUUUCAUCUUAUGACAGAGUUGGAGAAUGGGCUUUGUUCUGGUAUCGAGGCACUUCAUGAAUAUGCCUUGACGUUGCAAAGAGUUCUUCCCAUAAAUUACAUGGCGACCACUCCAGUAAGUGGUUGGGCGCAAGUUUUACAGCUAUCUGUCAAUAAUCUUUCAGCGGAUGUGCUUGCCAUUGCCAAAAGGCGCGCUGUGGACCUUGUUGCAAAGGCGCAAGGGGAAGGACUUGAUUUGGUUCAACAAAGACAUCAAGAUCUUUUUUAUAAAAUGGAAAGUUACAUAGAAGAAAUAAAAAAACUUGAUGGCAAUUGUUCGCAACUGGUGAAUUCAAUUGGAUCAGAUAAUGAAGCACAAUCAAAAGAACUUUUACUCUCUUCUUUUAUGAAAUACAUGCAGCCUUCAGGUCACUCAAAAAAUGGAGAUGAUACUGAAGAGAAAAGAGAGAACAUAUUAUUCAUUUUAGGGAUGGCUAUGAGUGAACUCUAUAGGCAUGUUGUAGCUAAAGUGAUUGCCAUAUCAAAUAAAUCUGUAGGAACUGGGAUUGGUGGUCAUCAGCCUGAUCUUGCGACCAGUAUUCAUGAAUUUGAUGAACAGAUUGAAAGGUGCGUACUAAUCAUGAGGUUUGCUCGGGAAGUUGAGGAAGCGACGGGCAAAUGCUUACCAAGCACAAUUGCUGAUAACAAGUUUGUGUCAGGAAACUGGAUUACUACUUUCCAAGCCCUCUUGCAGUCAGGUACCCACUUGAUUGAGCAAAUGACUGAAGUCGUUCUCCCAGAAAUAAUUAGAUCAGUUAUCUCACAUAAUUCGGAAGUAAUGGAAGCUUUCGGUUCACUUUCUCAGAUCCGUGGUUCCAUUGAUACAGCACUAGAGAAAAUAGUUCAGGUAGAGCUUGAGAGAGCUUCGUUGGUUGAACUAGAAAAAAGCUACUUUGUGAAGGUUGGAGCCAUCACGGAGCAGCAAAUAGCUCUCGAAGAAGCUGCUGUACAGGGCCGAGACCAUCUCUCUUGGGAAGAAGCUGAAGAGCUUGCAUCACAAGAAGAAGCAUGCAGAGCACAAUUAGACCAACUCCAUCAGAGUUGGAGCAAGAGGGAUGUGCGUGCAUCAUCUCUUUCCAAAAUUGAAACCUCGGUGAUGAAUUCACUAGCUUCUUCUGAACAGUACUUUGCAUCUUUAAUAAGCAUCAAACAGGAGGGAGAUUCUUAUAUGACAAGAAGCAAGGCUCUUCUUGCUACCUUAACAAAGCCCUUUAUGGAUAUGGAGCCAAUUGAUCUCUUGCUAUCAUCCUAUAGUUCUCUUCGUCAAAGCUUGAAUGAGGCCAGUUUCAACCUAUCUGACCUGGUGUCAUCAGGAUCUUCCCCGUCAGAGUUGUUGUGGGCGUUAGCCAGCUUAUUGAAGCAUCGUUCUUUCUUCAUUUGGAAAGUUAUUGUGGUGGAUUCGGUUCUUGAUCUAUGCAUGCAUGAGAUUUCCUCUUCAGUUGAUCAUAAUUUCAGUUUUGACCAGCUUUACAAUUCUCUUAGAAAGAAGCUCGUGAGACAUUUACGAGAGCAAAUCAGAUGUUAUUUUAAAGAGAGAGUAGCUCCUGCUCUUAUAUCUCAGUUAGACAAGGAAAAUGAUUAUUUACAGCGUGUGGUAGAAAAAAGAAGAGAAUUGGCUUCUGAUCAAUUGGAAAGAGAUGUUGCUGCAGCGAGAAAAGUACGACUUAUGCUUGAGGAGUACUGUAAUGCCCACGAGACUGUUAGGGCUGCUAGGGCUGCAGUUUCUCUUAUGAAAAAGCAGAGGAAUGAGCUUAUUGAGGCUUUAGGCAAGACAAUCUUGGAAAUUGUUCAGUUGGAAUGGCUAAAUGAUCUUCCACUGCCUUAUUCCUUAACAAACAAAGUCUUGUCACAAAAUAUGUUUGGUGAAAAUAAAUUCUUCACCUUUCUUUUAAACCUUAGCAGGACAAAAUUACUGGAGAAAAUACAGACCUCAAUGUCAUCUGUAUCAAAAUCAGUGGAGCACCUACAAGCUUUUGAAAGGGUUUCCGUGUCAGCCGAAGAACAACUUGAAAGAGCCAUGGGUUGGGCCACAGGUAGUUCAGGAAUCCCCCCUGAAUUUCAUGAUCAUCUCUUAAGAAGACGACAGUUGCUUUGGGCGGCACAAGAACAGGCAUCUGAUAUUGUAAAGAUAUGCUCAGCUGUGAUGGAAUUUGAGGCAUCUAGAGAUGGUCUCUUCUGGAUGCCUGGUGAAAAAUCCUCUGGACGAACUGCCAGAAAAGGCAGGGCGUGGCAGCAAGCUUACUUGAACUCUUUGACCCAAUUAGAUGCUGCUUAUCAUUCAUUUACACGUGCUGAAAAAGAAUGGAACCUGGCCCAACAUAACAUGGAAACUGCUGCAAAUGGCUUGUUCUCUGCGACCAAUCAACUUCAUAUUGCCUCUGUGAAGGCAAAUUCGGCUUCGGUUGAUCUGCAUGACACCCUUGCAACCAUGCAUGAAUGUGCAUGUCAAGCUUCUGCGGCAUUGUCUGCUUACAGUCGUGUUUCAAAAGGCCACACAGCUUUGACUUUGGAAUGUGGUACGAUGCUUGAUGAGGUUUUGGCUAUAACAGAGGGCUUGCAUGAUGUCUACAAUUUAGGAAAGGAAGCUGCUGCAGCACAUAGUGCACUGAUGACAGAUCUUUCUAAGGCAAACAUGAUGCUCCUUCCAUUGGAAACUUCAUUGUCAACCGAUUUAGCUGCUAUAGCUAAUGGAAAGUUGGACGAAAGAGACAGUAAUGCUGAGAUAUCUCUUCAUCAUGCAAAAACAUUAUACGAGUCUUAUAUUUACAGGCUCAGGGAGACUUGCCAAUCUUUGGCACCGUUAGUGCCAUCGAUCACUCACAACACAAAGGAGUUGCACUUCAUGUUGAACAAGCUUGCCCAGAUAUCGAGUCUGCAUGCGAGAAACCUUCAUAAAGCUCUUGAAGGUCUUGGAGGAAGUCAAAUGGUGAGGUCUCAGGAGGACCUUUCUUUGUCAAGGUCCGAGCUUUUGCAAGGUGCUACCUUAUUCAACAACGAGGAUAAAGAACCUGCGGAAAGGAAGGAAAGCGGCACUCAAGAAUCAAUUACAGCUGGAGCUGAAUUUUCUGUGCAAGAUGAUGAAUGGAUCUCUCCUCCAGAACACACAUACACAAGCAGCUCAGGAUCCAUCACUACCUUAACUGAAUCAAGCUUCUCUGAGAACUCAGAAACAGUGGAACAGUUAUUGCGUGACAAAAGUGCUGGCCUUUCCUCUGGAAAUCCUGAUGGAGAAGAAUCUACAUAUGCGGGAAAUUCACAGAUGACAGGGGAUCACUCUGGCAAUAGCACUAGUGCUGAACCCGCAGAUGAACAAAUUUUAUCAUUUUUAAAUGAAGCUAUUGUUAAGGACACCGAAGAGGAUACAAAGCUGCUCAGCAGGGAGAAUGCAGAGUUUGUAAAGCAGGUUAAAGGACAUGCAUCGAGUACCGAAAAUCUGAACCGUCCUUCAGAUUCUGCCAACCGAGCGAUGAGAGGUAAAAAUACCUUUGCUUUGUCAGUCCUGAAGCAGGUUGAACAGAAGCUACAUGGGAGAGAUAUUGAAGGCACUAGGUCAUUGGAAAUAUCGGAGCAAGUUGACCAUCUUCUUAAGCAGGCCGCAAGUAUUGACAACUUGUGCCACAUGUAUGAAGGGUGGACACCCUGGAUAUGAUGUGCAGAUAUGGAAUUUGUGUUUCACCAUUUCGAUCUAGUCUGGUAUGCCUUUUAACUUUGGUACCAUUGGAUUCUACACUCAUCGUAUGGAUUGUUUUUAUACAUUUUUGGAUUGAGGAGCAGUUCAUCUAAUGAAACUGAUAAAGGAUGCAUAUCUUUGCGACCGAGCCAGCAUUUGCAGGAGUUCUGUUAAUUGCGUGAACAUGAAAUUUAUUCUAUUAUUCGGAAAAGGCAGUCCCACGGGUUAUAUCGGCAAUCCACUGAUCUAAUCUAAAAAGCAGAGGAAAAGUAAGUUUCUAUGCCAUGCUACCGAGUACAGAGCCCUUCUCGCAUGUGUGUCUGCCGUGGAGGGGCCCUCAUGUUUUCAGAACCGAGAAAGCGGCUCUCAUGCUCUAUCCUAUAUAGUCUCAGCUGGCGUCAGCAAACCUCCAGUUCUCACCCCAUGGCGCGAUCUGUCUUGGUGAUUCGGCUCAAUUAUGCAGAGAACCUACCCUUCAUCCUUGUCAUCCUUCUAGCUGGGUCACCACUCAAGCUUGUUGUGUCUAAUAUUGUGAAAUAUCAUAAUGCUGAAUUCAGAGACCUUAACUGGUAUGGUCUGGGUGUGCUCUCUUUGGAAAUUUAACAUUUGAAAACAGAGAGAGCUACAUUUUCGUGGUUGCAUGCCCGUUCCAAAGAAAAUGCUUUGUGAAAUUCCAACUUUUGUCACGAUGUUCAUCGUCAGCCCUUAAACCUUUGUUUGGACGCAUAGAAGAACUCUUUUUUUCUGACCUGGAGAAGUCCUCCUGGCCUUGUAUAUACUGUUACAUUUAUAUGUUCUUGUCAUCAUGUGUUAUUACCAAAUCGCCUAAUUUUACGGUAGUGAAGAAAGAUAUACUCCUAAUAAAAGUGGUGCUUCUUGUUAAGUUUGUAAA